AUGGUCAAGUUCAUCCUCUCGGCCCUGCUGGCAGUCCCUCUCAUCGCGGCAUCCCCUAUCGCUGCCCCCUCACCACCAGACAUCCCGGCUACAUCUACGGCACAAAGUGAACUUGCAGCGUUAAAGGUCGCUGCGCAGGGAUCGCAGGAUGGCUAUGAUCGGGAUGCAUUUCCGCACUGGAUUAGCCAGGGACACUCCUGCAACACCCGCGAAGUCAUCCUCAAACGCGACGGGACAGACGUAGUCACGAACUCGCGCUGCGCUGCAACAAGCGGAACAUGGGUGUCGCCGUAUGAUGGCAAGUCAUGGACGAAGUCAAGCGACGUUGAUAUCGACCAUGUUGUUCCGUUGUCGAAUGCGUGGAAGAGCGGCGCAUCAAAAUGGACAACUGACCAGCGAAAAGCCUUCGCGAAUGAUCUCGACCAUCCCCAGCUUCUGGCCGUCACGGAUAAUGUGAAUGAGUCCAAGGGUGAUAGAGGACCGGAGGAGUGGAAACCCCCUCUUGAUUCGUAUCAUUGCACCUAUGCCAAAAUGUGGAUCAAGGUCAAGUCGGUGUAUGAAUUGACCAUUACGAAAGAUGAGAAGAGUGCGUUGGUGGAUAUGUUGGAUACUUGCUAG